CGACAUCACCGCAUAAACACUGUCUACCUCUACGUAUUCGCCUCUCGAUAUUCUUCCACCCUAAUGGCGGUCCCUAUUCAACUUCUACAACCCCUUUCGAGCGCCGGCCCGCGCAUCCGCCCUGUGAACCCAGCCAUGGUAGUGGCCACAGUUGUCGAGGGACCUAUUGGCCGCUUGACAAGAACUCUUCGAAAGCUGCGCGCUUCAACAGAUCCGUCCACCUUGAAUCUUCCUCUGGAGAUUAUCCUCAUGAUCGCAACUUAUCUUGACAAAUGCUCCGUGGUAUCUCUUUCAUUGACAUGCCAGGGUCUCCGCGGUCUUUGGAACUCUGGCAGUAUGACCUUGGAAAAGGUAGAAAGGGAAAAUCUGCUACUCAUGCUCGAGAAGGAUAUUCCGUUCCUACAAUAUUGCCAUUAUUGUGUAAAGUUGCAUCGCUGGCAUGGAGCUUGGAGCAGGGCUGUCUCUCCGUGGUACGAAGAACGUCUACCAUGCAAGAAAAAACUCGACAAGCACCUCUUCCUCCCCAUUACCUGCCACAUUCCCUACUACGUUGCGCGCUUAGUCAUGAAUCGGCAUCUGUAUGGAACCAAACACGGCCUGCCUCUUGAGGCACUAAAAGAUCGACAAUCUUGCACGUACAAGAACGACGUCGCGUGGUCGGUUACACAGCACGCACGCAUCUCCAACGACCAACUCAUGGUACGCUCGGUCAUAUCAAUGGCCCAUCCGCGCGGCGAUUCAGCAGCGCUCAGAGCCCACAUCGAUGAAUAUGGACCCCCGGUCUGCGAACAUCUCACUUUUCAGAAAGGAUAUCCUGAUGCCAUUCCUAUGCAGCUUCCCCAGCUCGCUCUGAAGGGAGGAGACCUACCGAGCGAUUUCCAAGCCUGCGGUCCUGAGUUCGGGUCCUGUACCUUUUGUGUGACGGACUACAGUAUCGAGGUAAAGUGGCAAGGUGUAAAGAAGGGGUAUUGUAUCCAGGUGCUCGUUUAUCGCGGGCUAGGCGACUGUCGCACUCCGUUCAAUUGGCACUGGCGAACCAUUACAACGCGUGAUUCGGGCGAAGGUAUCAGAUCGGCGCAAUCGCCUGAUUAUGGCCCUGGACGUGUCAGAGAGAAGUGGAAGGAAUUAGGGCCGUCGUGAGGGUUGAUGGCGCAUAUUGAAGGGCUAUGAGAUGCAA